ACCAGGCAGUGAGGUUUUUGCAAUUAACAGUCAUCUUAGCUCAGAGCUUAUCAUUCUCCAUAAGGUUAAAGCCUGAUAUUGACUGUCAUCAUGUCUGAACGCAAGGCCGUGAUCAAGAAUGCUGACAUGCCGGAAGACAUGCAGCAGGACGCAGUGGACUGCGCCACCCAAGCCCUCGAGAAGUUCAACAUCGAGAAGGACAUCGCCGCCUACAUCAAGAAGGAGUUCGACAAGAAGUACAACCCAACCUGGCAUUGCAUCGUCGGCCGCAACUUCGGCAGCUACGUGACGCACGAGACCAAGCAUUUCAUCUAUUUCUACCUCGGACAAGUGGCGGUGCUUCUUUUCAAGUCGGGAUGAUGGCUUCGUGUCUUACUAACAUUACACAUAAUGCUUGUUCAU